GUUUCAGGACUGUGUGAGGCUCAGAACACCAGCUAGCACCCACACUCCCGCACAGCAAGGAGCGAGGGCGGCGUUCCCGUUCCUCACCCCUCCGGGACGGGCGGCACUGCCCAGAGCCGCUCCAGCGCCCGUCCCGGCGGCGGGGCUGCGCUGCCCGGGGUGCCCCGUGUUCCCUGGGGCAGGCCUGGCGCUGGCAGAGCGGCAGCGCCCGGACUUCCCGGGGCUCCCGGCGUUCCCGGCCCGUCGCCAGGAGACGGCGGGCGGGAGGAGCGGCAGGAAGCGGAUCCGGGAUGGGAGGGCCGCGCGUGUCACUGCCGGCCCCGCUUCCGGCGCCAUGGGCGUCCAGGGCCUCACGGGCUUCGUGGAGGAGCGCGGGGUGUUCUUCACCGAGCUGCGGGUGCGCGACACCAAGCUGGUCAUCGACGGCAGCAGCCUCUACCACCGCCUCUGCUUCGCGCCCGACGCCGACUUCCGACGCGGCGGCGACUACGGCGCCUUCGCCGCGGCCGUGCGCGACUUCUUCGGCGCCCUGCGGGCCUGCGGCGUCGCGCCCUUCGUGGUGCUGGACGGCGGGCGCGGCGCCGAGGACAGGAAGCUGCCGACGCUGCGGCGCCGCGCCGCCGAGCAGCUGCGGGCGGCGCACGGGCUGUGCCGCGGCGGCGGCGGCUGCCUGGCGCCGCUGCUCACCCGCGAGGCCUUCGUGCAGGCGCUGCGCCGGCUCGCCGUGCCCUUCGUGCAGUGCUUCGCCGAGGCCGACCGGGAGAUCGCCGGGCUGGCCAACCGCUGGGGCUGCCCCGUGCUCUCCCUCGACAGCGACUUCUUCGUGUUCGACCUGGCGGGCGGCUACUGCCCGCUGUCCCACUUCCAGUGGCAGAGCGUGCGCGCCGGCGCGCCGCAGGGAUGCUACGUGCCCGCCCGCUGCUUCUCCGCAGAGAGGUUCUGCGGGCACUUCGGGCGCCUGAGCAAGGCGCUGCUCCCGCUCUUCGCCGUCAUGCACGGGAACGACUUCGUGGGCCUGGAAGCGCUGGAGGCGUUCUUCAGCAAGGUGCGCCUGCCGAGGCCCUGCGCGGCCGGCCGGGGCGGGAAGCACCUCCGCCUCCAGGGGCUGCUGAAGUGGCUGGCGCAGUUUGCCGAGCCCGCCGAGGCCGUCGACAACGUGCUGAAAUACCUCAAGAAACACCAGAGGGAAGAAAUACGGGAGCUUCUGUGCGCUUCAAUGGAGGACUAUGCUCCGUCCGACGUGAAUCUUGAGGACUUCUUUCAGAACGGGAGCUAUGAGUGCGAGGCUGCCAGGAAAGCAGACGUACCGCAGUGGGUACUUGAUGCUUUGGCGAAAGGUAAGCUGGCCCCAUUCGUCAUCAAUGCCCUGAUACUUAGAAGUACCUUCCUCCGCGUUCAGGUGGAGAACAUGCAGAGACCCAGUGCUCAUAGCACAGCUCUGCCCAUCCGACAAGUUAUCUAUGGACUGCUUCUGAGAGUAUCUCACAGUACUGAAGAUGCUUCUCCGAGUAAGCAGACCAACGAGCUGCCCAUUGUAUGUGAAUUUGACAGAUGCCAAAAGACACUUAAAAAAUCAUUUGUUCAAGCAGCAAGCCUACCCCCAGAUUUUUGUGAUGAUCGUUUUCCUUUGGACAAGUUAAUGGAGGUGCCUGUUUCAUGCUGUCAGAUGCUUUUGCUGGAGACUCUGGGAGUGAAAAUGAGUUUCCUAGAACCUAUCCCAAGUCAUUUACAGCUCCCUGUUGCUGUAACAUGUUACUGGAUACGUCGUUCAGAACCCAAAGUUAAGCUGAACCAAUUAAAGGCUCUGCUUCUAAUGAUAGUUUCUGAAGAACUGCAGAGGAUAACUGAUGAUCCAGAUCCCACCGUUCCACCUGCUGAAGAUGACAGCUUUGCAUAUAACGAAUUUCUAAAAUGGAAGGAAAAGAAAUUGCAGAAUAACGACUUUGAUUUAGAUGCUGCACACAGUUUUUGCCAGUGGCAGUGCUGUCUUCAGAUGGGAUUGUAUCUCAACCAGCUACUUGGUAGUCCUCUCUCUGAGCCAGACCUAAGUAGGCUUUACACUGGGACCCUUGUGCACAGACUGUAUCAAGAGCUUAAAUCAGCACCUUCAGUGGAAAAUCUGUUUCUCUUAUCUCCAAAAAUGGCUCAGCUUUAUCUGGUUUUGUUAAAUACAGUGGAGUCAAUGGUCUCUCCAGACUUCUUUCAGAUGACCAAGACCAGAUCAGAGUCCUGCAAAAAGAGGAAAGCAUCUAGUAAGAAAAAAACAGCCACCCAACGUGCUGUGCCAGAAACUCGGCAUUUAUGCAAUGUUAAUAGGUUUGCAGCACUGGAAGUGGAUGACUGAAAGCACUAUAACUUCUAAUGCCAUGCUGAUGAAAGGAGUAACAGUAAAAUAUGUGACUGUAUUGGAAUUUGCUCAACUGUUUUCACACAAGUUCCUGAUUCAAUCUUUACCAAAAACCUUACUUCAGGGGAUUUUUAUUUACCUUUUUGUAACUUACACUUUGUAACUUUACAUUUUGUAACUUACAUUUGCAUAAAAGAAAUGCUGUCUAAAAGUUGUGGUGUUUUGUUUUUCUUUAAGGGUAUCAGUCCAAUUGAAAAUGAGAGCAAAGUUGUUUAGCAUUUGAAAGCAGGACUAUUAUAGAGGAAUUCUUUUCCUGAACAUUUAUAGUUGGCUCUGCCUCAUCUCCCUGAACACUUCAUUUACAGAAAAUCCAACUUUCAAGUUUGUGUUUGAGGAACACAGUGGUCACAGUCUAACAGUUGAGAGUAAAAUAGAAACUGGCAGGUUUAAAAAUACUGUAAAAUCAGGCAUUACUGAUGGAGUACUUUUACUUGCAGGGAGAGGUAGCUUUGUUCAGUGACAACUGAGUAAGUUGUGCUUGCAGUAUUACAGGUUCUGACAAUACACAGGGAGAAACUUCAGAUCUUAUUUCUCCCCCUUCCCUCUGUGAUGUGUUAAAGAGUUACAUGCACACACAAAGCUGUCACAUGGGAGCAAGUUUCUACAGGUUUGCUAAUUCUCAGUCACUGUCACAGUAAUUGUGUACAAUCCUCUGCUAUUAAAGCUGUUGUCACUCUUAUUCUUUAUACAAUGGCUAUAUUAAAAACCAGACCUGUUCUGACUUCCCCUAUGUACACUAAUUACUUGAUAAACCUUAGCUAUCUACACAGUAAUACUGAAAAACAGUAUUUUUUUAAUCCUACAUCAUCUAUUCCUUAGUUCUUUGCAUUAGCAAACUUUCCAGUAUAAUUAGUCAAUUUAUAUACAUACUUUUCUUAUUAAACUAUUGGUUUUCCCUAUGUAAAACAUAGUUACAUUUGUGGUUUUUCUUCUCAAGAAUCCACAUAUCUUUUCUGGCAUUUAGGAGAAUCAUGACUUCCACCUCUAAUCAUCAAAGUUUUGCCCAUAACUUAACAGAAUUCAAGCCUGAUUCCUGCAUUGUGUGCUCAAGUUUUCAGUCCUGCUUAUGCUCCCUGUUACCUCUGUUCCCAUGGAAAUAACUCACCAUAUCUUAGGAUUUAGAGGCAAGAUCUCCUAUAUUGUACAGCUGAGUGUUGAUACUGCCCAAAUAUAGUCAAUGAGAAAAGAAUAGAUCUAUGAGAUGUUACAUUAAAGAGAAAACUAUGUUUGAGAUACAGCCAAGAUGUAACUUUCUUUCCAGGACAAAAGCUGCUACUUGCUGAACUACCAGCAGAUGGCACGUACACCCAACCACACAAGCCAGAACCUCACAACCCAUUUCUCUACAGGUUUCUGUGUACAGCAUCACAUUUCCAUCAGAUGACUUUUGAAUAAAAGUUGAAACAGGUUACAGUUACUGAUUUGACUAACUAAAACUGAAAUUCUUAAUUGUCUAAACCAUCCUCUUCUCCAUUAUGAGCCCAUAUAUUUUAUUUUACCAAGCUUGUAAUUUCCUAAGAGUUUUUAAUCAUCAGAAAUAGUCACAUGCAAAAUAAGUCUUAAAUAUAAAGAUACGAGUGGAUUUGAUUCCACUUUAUUAUUCCUGGUGAGAAGAGAGAUCUUCAUUUACUCUGAAUCCCACAUCAGAAAACUGCUGAAGAUUGUAAAAAUUCUUGAGACUUGAUAAGAAGUAAUAUUUUCAAUUUGAUCCUUCAGAAGACUAGAAUAAGGUCAAAUAUUCUACUUUGAGAUAAAAACACGCUAUGACAAC